AUGAAGAGCAAGGAAGCCUCCGCAAAGAUUAACAGUUCUAGUGCCAACUUUGAAGACUACGAAGAAAAUCUGGAAGGAGAAGUGGCUGUGGAGCGAGAUCUGCAUGCGAUUGAAGACGUGGAGAGAAUAGAAGAGGAGGUAUACCAUCAGUUGGAUGCUCCUUUCAUUGUUCUCAUUCCUUUUUUCUCCUUUUUCAUCAGCUGGAUGAGAAAAAAGAACAAGCCCGUGAACCGAGGCGUGAAAAGAGUCGAAAGGGAGAAGUUUGAGAAUCACGAACGUGACGAUGGGGAGCUUGAGCGCACUGGGCAGCCGCUAUGCAUUUACGAAACUUACGACGGAAACAGCGGCUGGGCUUCCCUCCAUCAGAAUUAUCCUCUGUACCGUGGUCUUAGUCUGUCACCGAGGGGAAGGAGACCAAGGGUCGACGACAUUGAUGCUGCAUCACGCCUUGUGCUUUUAAACGACACUUUCUACCGCGAUAGCUUUUGCGAUUUUGGUGGAUUUCUCGCAAUCGCUAACAGGAUUGAUCGAGUGCAUAAGAACUCGUGGAUUGGAUUUCAACCCUCGCUAGCUGCUACCGAAAGAGUUGCUCUGUCGCCAAAAGCUGAAAACUCUCUAGCCGAGGCUGUGAAGGUCGGUAUUCAUGGCGAUGCCGUUUAUUUCUGGGCUGGCAAGUCGGAAGAUUUCUGGACUUCUUGCGAUGCAAGCAAUGCUGGAAACUGCAGGCGGAUUUUCAUGGAGACAUUCAAGACAAUGUUUGGCUUAAACAAAGACCAACUGGACCUUCCAACGAUGCCAUCUGGUGUCUGGUCUAGCAAGCAUUGCUGGGCUAUGUCUACCUCAUCUUUCGUGAAGUUCGUCAUGUUUUCCCGGAUGUUCGUGGACGCUCUCGAUUCUCGGCUCUACAUUGAACAUCACGACCAUGGAAACUGUCCUCUUGCAACCACACAACUGGAGGCUCAACACUGCUACUGCCGUCUACUUGAGGUCCUGGUGAACGUUUGGGCGUAUCACAGUGCCAGGAGACUCAUCUACGUGGAUCCUGAGACGGGUAUAAUGAUGGAGCAGAACGCUCUCGAGAGCCGACGCGGGCAGAUGAAAGUCAAGUGGUUCAGCUUUAGCGUGCUCAAGGGAAUGGACGAAGACAUGGCCGAGAAAGUUGACGACGAGCAUCCUACGUACCGGUGGCUCUGGCCACACACGGGAGAAGUGUUCUGGCAGGGAAUCUUGGAGAGGGAGAGGCAGGAGAGAUACAACAUGAAGUUGGAAAGGAAGCGCAGGAACAAGGAGAGGCUGGCUAGAAUGCGCAGCCGCUACAAGCAGAAGUCUCUGGGCCGCUAUGUGAAGCCACCACCGGAAGAGACGGAGCAAGAUCAAGCUGUGAAUACUGCUGCUCGGUGAACAGAUUCUUGGGUGAUUGUUUUGAGAGCCAGGAGAGCUCUUUCGACGCGAAUUGUAGUGUACGACUAUCAAGAGGUAAACUUUUUAGUGUACAUAUUCAGUGUCAUUGCUACUAAUGAGAUUUUCCAGCGUGAUGAUUCUUGGAAGCUGCAAAUGACCAAAGUUUUGUCUAGCGCUGAAGAAUCCGAUCAAAACACGCUUGAGUGAAGAACAGGCAAGAAUAUAGCUCCAGCAAAACCAGGACAGGGGGAAUUGAUCUAUAAUGGGUGUUGCUCGCAACUCUGGAGCAGUUCACCAGGAACUUGGGAAAGUUUUUGUUCCUGUGCGCGACUGUGGUUCUCCUGGGGGGAUUCGUGAACGAUCUGAGAAACUAUGACUUCUACUACGUCACUCUCCUGCUCGUUAGCUAUGGCAUCAGGAGCUUCCGGUU